GGAAAAAACCUCUGUUGCUAAGGAAAUUCAAAAAUUUACUUCUGCUGAUUCUUCUAAAAAUGACACAGGCGUGUUCAUGACCUCCAGGUGACCAAAAAAUAAAUUGGUUGCUAUGGAGAUAAAGCAACUGAAAAGCAGCUAUUUUGAAAGAACUUUUUUUUAAUGAAUUUGUGUCACUGCAGGUGGCAGAGGGGGAGGGGCAUAUAGCAGCUGCCCAGCCAUGGAGGAGGGGUCAAAGGGGGAAUAGGGGGAGAAUAGGGCGAGGGCGGUUUAAAUUUGAACUUUCUUCUUUUAUUGUUGUCUUUAUAUGUUCAUUUCUCUGAUCUGGUCUCGUAUCUGUUUGUGGUUUAAAUUCUUCGUUCGUCUUCUCUGUUCUCGUUCGUGCCGUCAUCCUUCAUCCCAUUACUUCCCACCAUGUGGGUGAUUUUUCUUUUUCCUCCAUCGCAGAACUUCUGCUCCAACUUUCACUUCCAUCCUUCCCUCUGCGGCCGUCCUGGUGCUGAGGCUGAAGCCGUGGCUCCACCCGCCGCUGGGAAAGCGGCGUUCGGUGGCGGCGCCUGCUCCUCAUUAGUCCCACAUUCUGCAGGUCGACCCUCAUUAAUGCCGCUGGAUGUUUACAGAGUCUUCAUUAGCAGCUGUCCCUCCAGCGAUAACAGAGCUUCAGAAAAGCCGUCAGCUCUGCAGAUAAGGACGGCGAGCUUCUAUUUUGGUUGACGCGAGUCCCCCUGUUUACUUUGGGAGCAUGGGAGAGGACACCCGGAUCAUUCUGGCACCAUCUCCAUGUUCAAACUUAACGCAAAAGUCAGUUUUAACCUGAGGAGACGGCGAAGGGCUCCGGGAUGAAGAGCUUUCUGUUCCAGCUGCGCCUCAGUUUGGCGCUCGCCAUCGGCUCCUGCCUCUGCAAGCCUCUCGGCAACAACAUCCACGCCGAGGCGCCGCUGGACGGGAUGCCGCCGGACCUUCUGGACGAAGAGGAGAUAGAGUCCAGAAUGGAGAACCUUCUGGAAAGCUUGAAGGAGGGUUUCCUGAGGCAGCUGAACCUGUCAGAGGUCCCUCAGGAGAACUUCAAGGUCUCGCCCCCCCAGUUCAUGGUGGAGCUGUACAAGAAGUAUUCCUCCGACCGGCUGGCUGCCCCCCAAUCGGAUGUCAUACGAAGCUUCACCGUUCAAGAAAUCCCGGUCAGCGAGACCAACAACUCCAGGUCCAAACACCGGCUCCAGUUCGGCGUCAGCAUCCCCGGACAUGAAAAGAUCACCACCGCCGAGCUGCAGCUCCUCUUCCUCCCAGACGGCAGGUCAAAGGUCGCCUCACAGAGCCCCAAAACCACCGUCAAGGUCUACCAAGCCGACGCCGGCGCCAGCAGCUCCCAGACUCCUCUGCUGCUGGGCAAAGAGGCGGUGGGCUGGAAGAGCUCGUGGGUGACGUUUGACGUGACCACAGCGGUUCAGAGGUGGGCUCGGUCGGGCCGGGGGGCCGCCGCUUUUGAUGUGGUGGUGGAGAGGAGGGACUGCGGCGCCUCUCCCGGCACGGCCAGCUGCCUCAACAUGAGCCUGUCCGUCGGGGACAACUCCUCGGCUGCCCUGAUAGUCUUCUCGGAUGACCUGGGCAACAGGAGGCGGAAGAAGAACGAGGAACUACGAGAAAUGAUUCUCCACGAAGAGGAAACUCUGCUGCACUCGGGCGCCGACUGGUACCGAGGGAACCAGAUCCCCAACGAGGUCCCCGGCGCUCAGCCCCCACGCCGGCCCAAACGGAAGGCCGAGCGGGAAUACUGCCGCAGGAGCUCGCUCAAGGUCAACUUCAAAGACAUCGGCUGGGACAGCUGGAUCGUGGCGCCUCCGGAGUACGACGCCUUCGAAUGCCGGGGCCAGUGCUACUACCCGCUGACGGACGAGUCGACGCCGUCCAAGCACGCCCUCAUCCAGACGCUGAUGAACAUCCGGGAUCCGCGCAAGGCCAGCAUGGCCUGCUGCGUGCCCAUCAAGCUGGACCCCAUCACCGUCAUGUACCAGGAGAACGGACGGCUCACCAUCAGAUACCUGUACGAGGAGAUGAAGGUGGCCGAGUGUGGAUGCAGGUAGCCAGGAAGAGCGGCGGCGAGCAGAAACAGGAAACCACCAGACUCUGAACCAUCAACUUCCCACUUUGAGUUGGCUUUUCUGAAGGAGGGAGACGGGUCCAAUGAAAAAGAAUUGAUUCUUCUGGAGGAAACUGAAAAUAAAAACUCAGAAAUCCAACAAAUUUACUUAAAAUCUGAGAAAAAAUGUUAGUAUUUUUACAGAUUAAAGCUACUUUAUUUCCCGCCCAAAAAGGCAAACCUAAAAGCCCCAAUCCAGAGUGUCUCAUGUAUUCAAAGCGAUUACAUGAUGCUCGGUCAAAAAGUUUGGUUGGCUUUUGUUUUAAACACGCUAACACAGCUAGCAUGUAGCAGUGUCUGACUGUUUCUUUACACGCUACUUAGAAGUUUUAUGAAUACGUCAACACAGCUAUCGGUUCUAAAGCGCCAAAUAUGUAGCGUAUCGGACUACUAGCAGGUUUGGGAGUUAGCGUAGUCGCAGUAACGUUUAUUUUAGCCGUUUUCUUAGAUGUUGCAAACAAGGUUGUUGUGAAUACACAAAUGUGGCUAACAUGGAUCCCUUAAACCAGGAGAGUCAGACUCAAUCACACAACGGGCCAGAAUCCAAAACACACCUUAGAUCACGGGACGAACAGGAUAAACAUUUACUGAACACUCUAAAACUACAUUUUAAAAACUGUAACUUUUUAAUAUA